UCAACUGGCCUGCCGAUUUUGUUCACCUUCGAUCCCAUCACCGGGUCACCACUUAACAGGUCUCUGAAGCCUGCUACGAAACACGAUGUGGCCGAAAGUCUUAUUGCCUUUUCUGACCCUAUUCUGCAAGCCCUUCUCAUUCCGGGUCCAGUUUCAGAGAAGACCGGGCAUAUCAGACCGCUCUGCAUUAUCCACAAGGAUCUCAAGAAACGUUACAAUUUUAAAUCUCCCUGA